AUGGUUCAAUGGUUCCAGGAUUGUUUCAUCCAUUCGCAACCUUCGAAAAAGAAAGGCAAAACACACCAGGGGAAACUUGAUCACCCGAACCACUGCAUGCCACACCCUUCCAAACCCGUAAAUAUAACAUUUUCCAUUAACUACCCCAAUGACCCCUCGACAUCUCAUCCCGUACGUACAAAUACAAGUACAAAACAACAAAUUCAUCACCCCCCUUUUUUUUCCUUCUCGGAACCGCUUCAAACAGAAAACAAACCCCCAAAACACCAUAGAAUGCAACAUGCUUUCAUCGUCCUUUCUUCUUUUUCUUUCUUUCUUUUCAUGCUUAUACGUGCUUGUAAGACCAUCUCGUCGAAGCAUAUGUGA